AUUCGACGGCCAGGCAACUAUGAGGAAGGAUUCGUGUUUGACCUGAUAUUGUGGCGCGCGGGAGCUUGAAGUCCGGACGAUCCUGUGCAUGAACACCCUCAUCCGUAGCACCACACGACAAUGUCUACGAAGACGCAAAACGCGCCCGGCGCGAAAGCGCCUCAUAACGCAGGCACUCCGAACCAAACAUUGUACCUACGCAACCUUCCGGAAAAACUCAACAAGACCGAGCUGAAACGUGCCCUUUACAUGUUGUUCACCACCUAUGGACCAGUACUUGACAUAGUCACCAACCGCAUGGGAGCGAAGGGUCAGAGUAUGCGUGGACAAGCCCACGUUGUCUACAGAGAUAUUCAGACGAGCACGCAGGCCAUGCGAGCCUUGCAAGGAUUUGAGUUCUUCGGCAAAGAGAUGGUCAUUGCCUACGGAAAGGGACAAUCGUCCAUAAUCCCUAAACUUCGGGGUACUUUUGAACCUCCUAGCGCCGCUACUGGCGCCGCCGAAACCACAGCUCUGCAGAGAUCUAUCUUCAAUGCCCCGCCCUCUGGAGCUACGAGCAUGCCCUCGGAGAACGGAGUCAAGCCAUCGGAAGUGAACGGCGUACCUCAUGGCACCAAAAGAACACGAGAAGAGGAGGAAGAGGAGGAAGAAGAAGAAGAAGUGUCCAUGGAGGAGGAUGAAGAUGAUGCACCGAUGGAAGAAGAUGAAGAUUGAAACUUUCCAGCACGGUGCUCAUCAGACUAUCUUUGCCGCGACUGAAUCAGCAUCAGCAGGCUGAGUACUCGACGAUCCGCUACGAGCCGGAGCCGUGGCACGCCGUGUUUUGAGGAGAUGGCUUGACCAGUCAAAUGCUGGUCGUGUCGAUCAGUCCAAACCAGCCGGAAGAGUCUUGACUACCAGAUAUUAAUCCUCCGCGAAUUUGACAGCAUAGUCACCCAUCAAGCGUCGAAGAGCUUGCUUGGUAUGUGCAACCCGACGGAGGAACCGAUCAAACCGAGCCAAAGCAUCAGAUAGUCUUCUGGGGUGAAGCUUUUAUUGGGUUUGAGAACCGACAGAGCUUCGGGAGUAUUGCAGGGAUGUAUGAAGUAAGCGGGUUGAUCGGAUAUUGGAUGAUGCUGCACAACUGUUAGCCAACGCCAACUGCGCACGUCCUGGGGGAUUAGGUCGCCUCACUGCCAUGCUGAUACCUCCCAUGACGCCAACGCUACGCAGAGGUUCUUGCGAUGUGCGUGGCACCAGGAAAUCAUAUAUUUGCUCGAGAUUCAACGCCACAGCCUGCUGACACCAAAACCACAAUACUGGGACACGGUACGUCGGAGACAAAGUGAUGGAGAAAUGGAUGACCAGGGAAUCAGGGUCGACGUCGUUAUGCCGGAGCUAGAUCCAGUCAGUAGGCGAAGGCGUAUGCCAUAUCAUGUCAUCGCGGAAAGGCCACUGCAUACCAUGAUAUCUGGAUUGUCAGAACGCUCUUCCACAUCGUCUUCGUUUUCUAGUUCUUCAUAUCCAUCGUUGUUUUCCUCUCUCGUAG